CCCGCCCCUAACGUCACGGCCGAGGGGUGGAGCCGGCCCGACGGAAGCGAGGUGCUGCUGGAGAGGCCCGAACAGAGCAGCGGGCGCUCGGGGACUGCUGGUGAGAGACAGCAUGGGCAGCAGCUCGCUGUCCGAGGACUACCGUCUGUGCCUGGAGCGCGAACUUAGGCACGGCCGCGCGGCCGUGUGCGGGGACCCAUCGCUACGCGCCGUGCUCUGGCACAUCCUGGUGGAAGACUUCGACCUGCAUGGGGCGCUGCAGGAUGACGCGCUGGCACUACUCACCGAUGGCCUGUGGGGCCGCGCCGACCUGGCCCCUGCGCUACGCGGCCUGGCCCGCGCCUUCGAGCUGCUGGAGUUGGCCGCCGUGCACCUGUAUCUGCUGCCUUGGAGGAAAGAGUUCACCACCAUCAAGACUUUCUCAGGGGGCUACGUGCACGUGCUGAAGGGCGCACUCUCGGAGGACCUCCUCAUCCAGAGCUUCCAGAAGAUGGGCUAUGUGCGCAGGGACGACCACCGCCUUAUGGUGGCCGCCCUGCCCCCUGCCCGCCAGCUUGUGCAGGUGGCCCUGGGCUGCUUUGCCCUGCGGCUGGAGUGUGAGAUCCUGGGCGAGGUGCUGGCGCAGCUGGGCACCAGCAUGCUGCCAGCCGAGGAGCUGCUGCAGGCGCGGCGGGCCAGCGCGGAUGUGGCCUCCUGCGUGGCCUGGCUGCAGCAGCGGCUAGCCCGCGAAGAAGAGCCACCACCUGUUCCCCCCCGUGGCUCCCCGGCCCGGUGCCAGGCCCGGCUGGACCUGUACCGGGACCUGCAGGAGGAUGAGGGCUCAGACGAGACCAGCCUAUACGGGCGAGCCUCGCCAGGCCUCGACUCACCCCCCUCGGAGCUAGCCUGCCAGCCUCUGUUCUGGGAGCAGAGCGCCAGACUGUGGGGCGUGGGGGGCGGGGCCUGGGAGGCUGAGGCCAGCAGCCCGGCCUCGGAGGAGGAGCCCGAGGCCGAGGCCUUCUCCCUCCUCUCACUGCGCCAAGAGCUGCUCAGUCGGCCCGGAGACCUGGCCGCCCCCCAAGCCCCUGGCACCCCUGAGCAGGCCAGCCCCCCACGAGUCCCCGAGCCCCCCGGCUACCAGACACACAGCUGCCUGGGCCCUGGCGCCCUCCCCACCCUCUGCUGUGACACGUGUCGCCAGCUGCACACUUCCCACUGUGCCACCCUGGCCACCUGCCGCCUGGGCCACCCUUUGCGCGCCCUGCACGGAAACCACCAGCGGCGCCUGUGGCUGCAGCGAGCCCAGGUGGACACCUUGCUCUACGAUGCCCCUAGGCCCGCCUGGCCCUAGGCCCAGGGCUUUCUGGAGACAUGUUCCGUGGUGCUUUUCUGGGCCUCAUCCCUCCUCAGACCCGGGCCACUGGCCACCCUGCUCCUCCUGCCCCCCCAGGGGUGCUGAGCACAGCGGCAGGUCGGGGGGCAUGGAGACUCAACCCCGCUACGUGAGAGGUGGGGGCCGUCUUCCUCGGAAAGCUGCCGGCCCGCCCCCAGGGAGCACCGUCUCCCUCCUCUCCCACCCCUCCCCGGCCCCACCACUGGCCCCAGCGCCGCAGCUCCUGACCUGCUCCCUGCAAGUGCCCAAAGGGGUGCUCCACAGAGGAGUGUCCUUAGGGGCUCAGGUGACCUCAUGAGCCCCGGAGCUUUGCUAAGACCAUUCUAGGGGCUCUGCCAGGUGCAUGGCUGACCCGGCUGAGGGGACCUGGUCCCCCAUGGGUGUCACAGACCAGCACUGAAUGAGCUGAGUGCUGGCCUGAGACCAGCCCCAUGGGCUCCAGUCAGAGCCGGGCGGGGAAGCUGGACCCAAGGACAGAAGAGAAAUGAUCUAGUCUCCAGCCAGCGUGAGUGCCCAAGAGUUCCAGAGAACAGCAGGCGGGAGACAGGGAGCCACGGAGCCCGAGAGGCUGUCACCCCACUUCCGGGUGGAGCGUGGGGGCUUCUGAGCAAUCAGUACCCCAGCAGCCUCCCUGCUACAUCUUCCUGCUGUCCGGCUUCGGAAGGCAGGGUGAGAGAUCUCCAAGGCUCCCACCCCAGAGCCCACCUGGGUCCCGUGGUAAAGAUGCACCAGCUACCAGCCGCCAGCCCGCUCACAGGGCUGGAGGGGGUGGGUCUGCCCACCUGGGCCUGGGGUGGGGCCAGUCUUGUGUGUGGCCCCUCCCCCCACACCUGUCCGUCACGCGAAUCACAACUUCAGAGUACAUUAAAGGACGCUGGAUCCA